CAGCAGAGGCGACCGGCGCGGCGUUGCGGGGCCUGGAGCGGCGACCGGGGGUGCUGAAGGAGCCUCGGGGCCGCCAAGGCAGCGCCAUGAGCCAGGGCAGCGGCGGCGGCGGCGGGGAGCCGGAGGCCAAGGCCCUCCACACCAAGAGGCUCUACCGAGCAGUGGUAGAAGCCGUGCAUCGCCUGGACCUCAUUCUUGGAAAUAAGCCGGCUUAUCAAGAAGUGUUCAAACCGGAGAACAUCAGCCUGCGAAACAAGUUACGUGAACUGUGUGUAAAGCUGAUGUUCUUGCACCCAGUGGAUUAUGGGAGAAAAGCAGAGGAAUUGCUGUGGAGGAAAGUUUACUAUGAAGUCAUCCAGCUCAUUAAAACGAACAAAAAGCACAUUCACAGCCAUAGCACGCUGGAGUGUGCCUACCGAACUCACCUCGUCGCCGGCAUUGGGUUUUACCAGCACCUUCUUCUCUACGUCCAGUCUCACUACCAGCUGGAACUUCAGUGCUGUAUUGACUGGACACACGUGACAGAUCCUCUGAUGGGCUGCAAGAAGCCCGUCUCUGCGUCGGAGAAGGAGAUGGAGUGGGCGCAGAUGGCCUGCCACCGGUGCCUGGUUUACCUGGGGGAUUUGGCCCGGUACCAGAACGAACUCGCUGGAGUGGACACAGAAUUGCUGGCUGAGCGGUUUUACUACCAAGCCCUUUCUGUUGCACCGCAGAUCGGUAUGCCUUUUAACCAGCUUGGGACACUGGCUGGGAGCAAAUACUACAGUGUGGAAGCCACCUACUGCUACUUGCGCUGUAUCCAGUCCGAAGUGUCCUUCGAAGGUGCUUACGGGAACCUCAAACGUUUGUAUGAUAAGGCUGCCAAAAUGUAUCACCAGCUGAAGAAAUGUGAAACCAGGAAACUCUCGCCGAGUAAAAAGAGGUGCAAAGACAUUAAAAGGCUACUGGUGAGCUUCUUGUACUUGCAGACGCUCCUUCAGCCCAAGAGCAGUUCUGUGGACUCCGAGCUGACGUCUCUCUGCCAGUCGGUCCUGGAGGAUUUCAACCUCUGCCUCUUCUACUUGCCCUCUCCACCUAACACGAGCUCUGCCAACGAGGAUGAAGAGGAAUACGAGAAUGGCUACUCCUUCCUGCCAGACCUUCUGAUCUUCCGGAUGGUCGUUGUCUGCCUGAUGAGCGUCCACAGCCUCAAAAGGGCAGGCUCCAAGCAGUACAGUGCAGCCAUUGCGUUUACACUGGCCCUCUUCUCUCAUCUCAUCAACCACGUCAACAUUCGCCUGCAGGCGGAGUUGGAAGAAGGCGAGAACGCAGUUCCAGCCUUCCAGAAUGAUGGCACAGAGGAUCCUGAGGGCCGGGAACCAUUGAACUCUGUGGAGAGAGACGCUGAGGCCAACCUGGCCAACCACCGUCCUGCCGAGGAGCAGAAGAAGAGCGAGAGCAAGAAAGGCAAGAAGUACUCGCGCCUCUCCUGCCUGCGCCGCCGCCGCCACGCUCAGAAGGGGGACGAAAGCGACCUGAGCGAGGGCUUUGACUCUGACUCCAGCCCGGGCUCCACCAAGGGGAGCGACGGGUCCGAGAGCGGCUCGGAGAAGAGUGGUGAGGAGGCCGAGGCGGCAUUCGAUGUGGAGACCGACUCGGACAUGAACAGCCAGGAGUCCCGCUCGGACCUGGAGGACAUGGAGGGCGAGGUGGACGCCGAGGGAGGGGGGCAGUCGCGGAGCAUGAAGAAUGGUGCCAGGGAGGCCCUGGACGCGGCAGAAGGCGAGGGCGGGCAGCCCGCGGACGUGCAGAGCCCCGGCGUCGCCAAAGCUGAGGCAGCCCUGGAGCCCGUCGCCAACGGGCCGGGCUCCUUGGGCCCCAGCGACGCCAGCAUAGCCAGCAACCUCCAGGCCAUGUCCACACAGCUCUUCCAGACCAAGCGCUGCUUCCGGCUGGCUCCCACGUUCAGCAACGUCCUCCUCAAGCCGAACUGCGAGCUGCCUGCCCCGAAGGAGGAUGCGGGCGACAAGCCCUGUGUGAAUGGGGACGUGGAGAAGGCCAGCGCGGCUGCCGAGCAAGAUGACGUUUCUGAGUCGGAGGAGAGCCUCUCGAGCAGCAAAUCCUGCCGGAAUGAGCGUUCCCUCCAGGAGAGGCUGGAAAUCCUUGCCAGCGAGGGAUUGCUGCCCACCGUGAAGGUGUUCCUGGACUGGCUGAGGACCAACACGGACCUCAUCAUCAUGUGUGCGCAGAGUUCUCAGAGUUUAUGGAACAGACUUUCUGUCCUUCUGAACCUGCUUCCUUCCGCUGGAGACCUGCAGGACUCCGGGCUGUUUCUCUGCACCGAGGUAAAGAGCAUGCUGCCAGGAUGUGACCUUCCAGACCCGAGCCCCUGCUUGCUUCUCCCCGAAGACGUGGCCCUCCGCAACCUUCCCCCAUUAAAGAACGCACACAAGAAGUUUAACUUCGAGCAGGACCGGCCUGCCCUCACGGAAGUGGAAGAGUCCGUGGUCCGCAUCUGCUGCAUCCGGAGCUUCGGCCACUUCAUCACCCACCUGCAAGGCAGCAUCCUGCAGUUCAACUCCGAGGUCGGGAUCUUCAUCAGCAUCGCUCCGUCGGAGCAGGACGGCCUGCUGCAGCAGGCGCAGGCACAGCUCCGCAUGGCUGCUGAGGAAGCUCGCCGGAACAGGCUCAUGAGGGACAUGGCCCAGCUCCGGCUGCAGCUGGAGGUGUCGCAGCUGGAGGGCAGCCUCCAGCAGCCCAGAGCACAGUGCGUGAUGUCCCCCUACCUGGUCCCCGAUACCCAGGCCCUCUGCCAGCACCUCUGCACCAUCCGGCAGCUGGCCGCCAGCGGGAGGUUCAUCGUCAUCAUCCCGCGGACAGUGAUUGAUGGCUUAGACUUCCUGAAGAAGGAGAACGCAGGUGCCCGAGACAGCAUCCGAUACUUGGAGGCAGAAUUUAAAAAGGGAAACAGAUAUAUUCGCUGCCAGAAAGAGGUUGGGAAGAGCUUUGAAAGGCAUAAGCUGAAGAGGCAAGACCUAGAUGCUUGGAACCUCUGUAAGAUCCUGGACAGCUGCAAACAGCUGACGGCCUCCCAGGGAGGCGGCGAAGACGACACCACCGGGAUGGUGACCAUAAUCACGGGCUUCCAGCUGGAGGACCUCAGUAAACUGUCGGCUCCCAUGCAGUCUGCAAUCCAGGCAGUAGGCAAUGCCAACGUUGAAAUAAAAAACGUCCUGGAAUUCUACAAGCAGUGGAAGGAAAUGGGCUGAGCAGAGAGAAGCCGCUGGGUUGGUUGAAGCUCUGUCUCCCCGUCUUUGGACGUGCCGCGUAGGAACGAGAGAAGUCAAACCACGGGAGAGAUUUGGACACAAGGCAGCAACCCGCGAAAACGCGCGAUGGGGCGUGUGCUCCAGACACAGACACAUCCCCCCCCGCCACCCCCUCCCUCUCACGGAACGGGCGGCGUCUGCCAUGGGGAGCGCAGCCGCCCGGCGAAGAGAUGCGUCUCGGCCAGACCCGGGGCGGCGGUCCCCCUUCUCCCGGCAGACGGGCGAGGCGAGGCGAGGCGAGGCUGGUCCGUGGGAGGGGCGCCGUUGGCCUCCAAAACGCUCACUUCGUUUCUCGUCUUCAGAAUCUGCAGGAAGCUCUGUGGCCUGCAUUUGAAGCGAAGCAAACGAAACGGGAAUCUGAACGCAUUUAGCCACUGCACCCACCUUGCAGCCGCAGACCUCCAAACAAGCCCGUGAUCCUGAGGGGAAGGGCCAGGAUUUUGAAGUGGCUCUGGGGGAAUCCGAUGGUGGGGAAGUGGGCGGCACCAUCCCUUCCCUUCCCUUCCCUUCCCUUCCCUUGUUCGUUAAUGCUUAGUGAUUUCCCCUUUUUCCUCCCUCUCCAGGGGCAGGGGUGGGUUUUUGUGGACCAUCAGACACCGGAGAGAUUUAAAGCUGGCAAGGAAACCGUGGUCCUGUUUAAGCAAAGCAACGCAGGCUUUGAGCAAGGUGGCUUGGAAUGAAAACCCUGGUUUAUUUCUUUGUCCCUUGUGGGAAGAUCUGGCUGGGACCCCUGCCCCCAAUUUAUCCCUUUUUGUGCCUUACCUCUCUCUUCCUGUCCAAAUGGGUGGGGGGAAACCCCUUGUAUUCACGCUUUCCCUUUUUGCUUUUCCUGUGAAUUGUCGCGUCGUGUGAGCGGUGUCCCACACCCAGCUUAGGCCGCUUGAGCAGGGAGUGAAAACCCGCUCCUUUCUUUCCCUGGAAUUAAAUGAGUAUCUCUUUGUGCUGCACUGGCCCUGUUGCCACACUCCGGAAACAGGUAGCGGGGCAAAGGCUGCCCCUCUGCUGCUUCAGAUCAAUGCUUCUUCGUUAGGCGGGGAGAAAGCUUGGACUGGCGAGAGCCCUCUGCAGAGGCUCCCAUGGUGCGGCUGCGGGUUGGCGCCUCAGCCCUUCUGUUGGGAGGGUCAGGAGGAUGCCUUGCAGGAUAGGGUGAGGUGGAAGGGCCCCUGAAUGUUCUGUUUCCCUAGCGAAAACGCUGGUGCUUCCUCCUUACCUUUGGAAGGUCAGAGUCCGGAAUGGACAAGUCAGAUGCAACAGCCGCGGGUGCGGAACGCACCUCUGUGCCGGAGAGCCUGAAGGGAAACUGUCUGUGCUUGUCUCUGCAUAUCUCUGAUGCCCUCCAGUCCUCCGGUUUGCCAGUGCCAGUAUUUUAAUAAGUUCACCAGGAUAAGGAUUGAAAAGAGACGAGUAUUAGCAAGGCAUCCCUUCUCCAGGUUGAGUCGCUUCUCUGCCUGGGGGCCCCCUCUGGAGCCAGACCUCGUCUGCCCUACGUACUUUGAGCACCAGACUGGCCCUUCCUCCCCCCACCCCUCCCAGCGGCUUUGACACCCUCUAGGAAGGAAUGUGCUAACAGGGUUUGGAGUCCGUCUUCCCGUGCUUCCCGCGAGGAGCCCACCCAGCAUCCCAGUUCCUUCCAGCCGGGAAAGAGCGGAAGGGAGGCUUGCUGGCCAGGUGUGUGCCAUGUCACCCCAGCGCGUGGCCCCUCGCCUCGCUCGCUCCGGAAAUCAGCCGGACGCUCUGCAGUUUUGUGAGCCGUCCCACGUGUGCCCAUCUUGGACCCAGAGGGGAUUCCGUGCUUCGCACUCGCCUCGCUUUUCUCUCAAUCCCCUUAAUAUGCUCCUAAGCUUGGCUCUUCAUCCAAGAAUGGGAUUAAACCCGAACCUGCUAACAUUUUGCGCUGCCUUCUUGCCUGUUUUUCUAUCUCUCCACAUCUCAUACACAUCCCAGGCAAAACGGGGAAAGACUUCCAUUGUGUCCGCUGCUUUGGUGAUAGCCACUGCCGUCAGAUCAGGGGCCAGCAUGCUUCCGCUCUUUCCUUUUCCCUCUCCUUCUCAAGCUCCCCUCUGCCUCAGAAACCCGCAGCCGGCUCCCCCUUAAAGAAAGCCUUCCCCGCCCUGCACGCUUCUCCUGCUUCACCAAGGUGCUUGUGCCUCUGAGUUUCGCAGUGGAAUCUGGCCGCCCCGCCUUGAAAUGAGAGAGCAAGGAGAGCUAGCUACUUGGGGCGCAGUGGGAGGCCAAGCCGGCAGGAGCCAUGCUGGGGGAGCUGUGCAGGUGCGUUUUCAGGGUGUGCGGGUGAGCUUUGGCUUUGUGGGGGAGGCUGCAGGUGCUUGGAAUGAAUGUUGCGCAGAGCUGCACGUCCUCCCUUGAGUCUAUGGCCGGCUGUGAGCUGUUGGAUUUUUAUUUUUAUUUUCUUAAGACGUACGGGUGACCUGAGACCACUGCAACCCGAGGCAGAGGCUCGGCAGAUGAACUGCGGCGGCCCGCUUGGCAAACGCCUGGCGUAUGUGCCCCCGGCGUGUGCCUGGCCGCCUUGCCAUAACGGACGGGGAAAGGAAGGAAAGGCCUUCCUGCGCUUCGGGAGGGACGCAAGAAGAGCCGAGAUGUUUGCAGAGGGUUAGGCUGGGGUGGACCGGCCCCCAGAGGGCUUUCCUUGCUGUGGAGGCCACUCUGGUGGAGGCCCUCUGUGCCGUUCGGUAGACCUGUGCAUGAGACCCAGCUGGGUCUCUGGCUCCUUCAGCUGGGGAGGCGCCACUCCAAGCAGCGCUCUUGCUGAAACGGGAGGCCAGGGUAGCGCACGGAGUGGUCAGAUUUGGAGGCCUGCUCUGAGGAAAGAUGUCUGGGCCUGACUCCCAGUUUGAGAAACCUCCAUGCAGGAGGUCCGGAGGCUUGCUUGCAGGGUCUUUUGCAUCCCCUCCCCCCUCUCCUGGAGAGCCUCUUUGGCUGGCGAGUCACUAGCAGCAGAAGACCUGAAUGCCACCAAAUGCUCCGCUGGCAUUUUUGGCCACCUCUGUCAGUGUCCUUUCCAAGCAGCACUUGCUUCCGGACAUCCAGCUUUCGCUUUCGAAGCCAGAGUUGCUGGCUAGGACUGCCUGGUGAGCCAUGGGGGCUGGUGGGCAGGUCCGCUCCUAGAGAGCGCCCUUCUUCAUCCCGUCUGCCCGCCAGCCCCUUCUCUCCGGCGAUGUAGGCGUGGGUGUUGGUUGGAUUUAAAAAUGCCACUUCUCCUCCUGCCCCCAGUGGUGGAUGCUCUGCAGGAGCUCUCGUCUCGGGGAGUCCUGCCGCUUCUGGGCGUGGAGGCCUCCAGCCAAGCUGGGCACACCCGAGUGCCGGCACAUGGCGCGGAGGGGGUCGAAUCCACACCGGGAGGAUUUCCGGGCUGCCUAGUCAGUGAGGGGUCCUGGGCAGCUACUGAACUUGGCCUCAACAACUCUGGCCGUGAAGGGAAGGAAGGAGCCAGGUGGGAAAUCGGCUGAACUAUGCGUCUCUAUGUUGCUGCAAACGGGGCUUUUGCUGCAUUCUGCCAAUGAAGCCACCUAAUCUUGGCCCGUCUUGGGGGGCCGCGUGUGUCUCCCGGGAAGCACAGGAGCAGUAGCUUUGCUGGGGGCUCCAUUGACUUCCGGGAUGUGCCAAACGCCCUCCCUCCUCCUCUUUCCCUUCUUUCUGUUGAGGCGAGAUCCCGGGCUGUCCACGCGCUCGGGAAGCCGUGAGCGGUGUUGGUCCUUACAAAGACUCCAGGCCGCAGGUCCUGGGCUUGGCCGCAGAGGCCGCUUCUCGAAAGGUCAGAGUGCUCCGGGGGGGGGCAAAGGUGGGGGAGUUCACUGGGAUGCGAAUGUACAGCCCCAGAAGUGACCGGCCUGGCCUGGCACCAAGCCAGCUGCCAGCGGCGCUUUCGGGAGGCCUGGUGGAAGGUAUGAGGAGGAAGAGCGCUGCUUUGGCCCUGGACUUCACGGCGCACCUCCCCUCUGAUUUGAUCGGGACACGACGACUUGGCUUAAUAAAAACGCAAACUGUUUGUAAAUCUUUA